AAAAUCAUACGAUGAACUAAAGGGACCGUGUGGUGAAGGAGGACAAACAGCAGCCACACCUUGGCAACUGAAAAAUUGUCUGAUAGUUUAUAACUAAUCUAUAAAGCAUUAGUAGGCUAAAUAUUCAUUAAUUAGUCACUUAUUAUGUUCCCUUUAUAACGUGCGACUUAGUGAAAAUGGUGCAGAGAAGUUCUCGUAAAACAUUAUUAGUCAAUUUAUUGUCAGUUAGCAUUUCAUGGUAAGAGAUUAUUUCCACACACACAGGCCCCAAAAUAAAAAGCUAUAAAGUCGUUUAAAAUAUCAACACGGAUGGAUAAUAAAGUCAUCAUUUAACAAAGAUAAAAGCUAUUUGUGUCAUUUAGGAGUUGCGCUGCAGUUUAUAGGCCUUAGUUUGCUUAUCUUACGAAUGACGUUGUUUUUAUGGUUUUAAUCAUUUCUGUUGCAUAAUUAACCUUUACCUGCCAUUUCCAAAAAAGCCUGCUCGUGUCUCUGCAGGAUGUGUCGCAGCUGCGGCCCACGCUGAUAAAACGGUUGUAUUUCACAUGAGAUGCAAAGUCACUUCCUACAGGCUGCUCAAAACCCUAUCAUCUGUGAUGAUGCGCGCAACCACGAACCAUGUAGGCUAGCUGCCAUGGCUGAGAAGCAGUUACCAGAAACUCGAAGCCUAAUCGCGAAUUAAUCAGUGAAAGCAAGAGCAAGCUGGAUGCAGUUUGAGAGUUUGCAGAUAAGUUUCAGCCACCUCAGCCUGCGACAACAGGAAGCGUGAGAAAGAGCGCCGGCGACAGAACUGAAACCUGCGUCCAUGAAGCUUCAACCCCAUGUUCCCUGGCUGUCUGUGAAGUGAGGCGAUGGAGAGCCCGUCGUCCACAGUCAGGCGGCGAGCGUGGAUCAACAGCCGCCGGCAGUGGCUCACUCUGGAGGAGCUGGACCCAGAUGGACCGCCAUGCAACCUCCCCUCUGCCUCUAUAGCAGACGACGAUGUAUUUUCAGACGGAUGCUUCACAGGAAAGAUUGAGAACUGGCUCCAGGGUUGCGGGUUGCAGGCCCGCUCAGAAAAUGGCGCUCAGCUGAGUUUUGAGUCUGUGCUCAACUUUGACGACGAGCUGAGUCUUGGUGCUGAUGCUUCUGCGUUAAAUGGUGGACAAAUUACAUCUAAAGCCGGCCUCUCACGGCAUCUAUCCUUCAGACAAUGUCAGAGCAGACCCAUCAGCAGUACCCCUCGUCAGGCUCUAUGCCUGCCGUCACUGAACUUGGGUCACAGCAUGGCCUCUAGCUGUCUCUCUUCCUCCACCUGUAAAACUACAUCAAGUAUAUCGGAGAUCCUGCAGCUGUGUUCGGAGGAUGCAGAGGAGACGCUGUACGAGCUGGGUUUCGGCUGCGAUGAGCCACAGGUCACUGUACGCAUCCCUCCUCGUUUCUUCACCUUCCCCUCUCAGGCUCAGGGCAUCAACUUCCGCCUCUUCCUGGAUUCGCAGCUACGGCGGAUACGAGAGGAAGACCCCAGCCUCUCUCUUGCUAGUCGUUUCAGACAAGUGCAAGUGCUAACAGCAAUGGCCAACGCUUUCUACUCCCUCUACUCUCACGUGUCCCGCACUCCUCUGCAGAAACUAGCUACACCAGAGUUCACUUUCUCCUCGCCUGUGGAGAGGAUUGAACGCUUCAGGAGCAGCGUCCGCAGCGAGCCACGUUCUCCGGUGGAGAGGCUGAAGGACACCGUCUCCAAGAUGUGUCUCUACACAGGCUCUCCCCGCGGGUCAGAGUCCACCUCUCCGCAGCCCUCACCCAGGAAAAGGUCCAGCCUCCCCGAUGUUGUGGAUAUAGUUUUGGACCAAGUCAAGACCGGGGCUAGCAAGAAACUGGAUUUGGGGGAAUGUAAUAGGAGUAAUUCAGCUGUGGAUGUUCGGCUGGUCACGGAUGAUGAUAGAUUCUGUAACAGCAGGAAAGAGGAGAAGACACAGGAGACCGUGGCUGACGCCGACACCCCUCAAGAUGGAAGUGAAAUCUGUCAUAACGAGAUGCAGGGCAGUAAACUAACAGAUAAUGCUGAUGCUGAUGAAAACAGUGAUGAGGCAGCAGACCUUGACAGCAGGACUCACAGUGUAAGAACAUCUAUAGCGUCAUCAUUAUCAGGAGAAACUGUGAUAGAAACAGAUUAUCGGUUUCUUUCACGUCAGCCAGACCUGGACUCGUGUUCAACUCAAAGUGACACAGAGACUGCUGAUCUGAAACCAGUUGCCAAGGUUACAUAUGAUCUAAUCUGCCCACAGAUAAUCGAGAGUGUACAUCAGGUGCCUUUCUGCUGUCAACACACAUGUAAUCCAAAAACAAGCACUUUACCACCUAUGUCCUCUGAGACUGAAAGCAUAGAUAGCCCCUGUCCUGUAUCACAUGAACCCCAUAUACAAACUGAUGUCUCUGAGCCUGACGAGGACUCACACACAGUUGAUGAUGCCUCUUCAGGGAAAGGCAGGCAGCUGGAUGCAUUCAGAUCACUUCCUGUCCUGGCCACCCAGUGCUGCAUCACUGUGAGUGGCUGGGAUGGUGACGAUGUCUCUUCCUCUUCCUUGAAUGCACCCGGUUCCAGUCAUACACCAACUUUCCCACCUGCCCAGUCAUGUAAGGAGUACCUGAAACCACUGGCACAUCAGGGCCCGGGGAAUGUCUCCAAUAACCUACAACAGGUUAACUCCUUUGAGCUUGAGGAGGUGCAUAGUGCAGGAGAGGAAGAUUUUGGACAUUUAGAAACAUCGAGAAGAACAACCUCUCCGCUGUCCAAAAAACGUCAAUAUAAAGGUGAAGUGAUACGGGGCGACAGCGUGCAGUCAGACAGCAGUGGCUACGCAGAUGAAGAAGUCAGCCCCUCAUCAAGCACACAUGGCAGAUGACAGAAAACCCAGAAAUUCAUGUCUUCUCGCUUGUGGGCUUUAUUUCUGCGCAGAAGAUUUGAGCUUCUACAACUAAGGAUUUGGAUAGUGCUUCCCAGCAAGGGCAUCCAUUCAAACAGGCCCAGAAGAUUAAGAUAUCAUUGUACCGUCAGAGACUUGGUCACAUGCGAAACUUUUAGAGGUCCUACACUGAAGAAGUUUUUCCACAGUGCUAAUAGUGAAAACUGAAUGAAUAUUGUAAAUAAGUAAACAUAAAACUGUUCUGAUGAAUACUGUGUGUAUCAUAUUUUAUUAGAAUGGUAAUUCUAUCAGGAAUCAGAGCAUGUUCAAGUUAUUACAACAAGGAGCUGGCAGUAAAAUUUACAAAAAAGGUUUUUAUUGGAAACAGAGUCAAUUUGACAUAGAGCUCAUACUUUUUAAUUAAUAAUUACUUUCUACUACCACAAGAAAGAAGUCUAUCUCAAAUGUAUUGAUGUCAGCAUUGACCUCAAUGGUGUCAGCACUUAAAAUUCACUAAAAACCAGCCAUUAGUUCCUUAUUUCAGUCAUCAGAAUAACAAUAUACAGAUCUGCCUUUUCUCAGAAUGAGGUUACAGAAAAUACUCUGUACUGUGUACCAGUGGGAGUACAGAAACAUGGUCAGCCUGCAUUGCGCAAAGGACAUAAUAAAUUUUUAAGUAGUGCAAA